AUGGCUUUGGCUGAUGUACUGAAGACAACAAUCACUUCUAUCUAUCCGCCAGUAAAUGGGCUACAGGAUCAUGCUUUCCUUCAUCUGAACACCUCCUUCAAACCGAGUCAACCAAUACAUGGCACUGGAGAGAUACUCAUCAUGUGGACCAACACAGCUAUCAACGACAAGGGUUACUGGAAACCUGUGAGCCUCAUACCCAACAUCUAUUCCGUCUGUGAUGAUUUCAAUCCUCAGUUCCACAGCACGUUUGAAAAUUGCCAAGACAGCCCCCUGCCAUCACCUUUCCCCAGUUGUUCUACACAUUCACCAAUGUCUUCUUCUCAUGCAUCAUCAUUGGAACUCCACUUGUCCGUUCCAGACUCCCCAGUUGACGAUAGAAGACGAAAUGAUUUAUUUGACCAGGAUAACAUCCACACACAGCCUAUUAUGAAACUCGAUGUCGUCCCCGAUUUCGAAUCUUUGCCGAAUGGAAAAUUUAUGUCGGCCAAGGAGGUUUUUCUGCGUAUAAAGGAAUGCAGGCGUAUAUUCGAGGAGUGUCCGGCUGGGAAUAAAUCACAUGAAUGGCUCUUAGUGAACAAUAAACUUAAUGUGGUCCGCUAUUCAAAAGAUUUGAAACGCGAGUACUAUGAUGAUUGUGGCAUCUGGAACAGUAAGAACAGUCGUACCCACAUUCAGGAUUAUUCAAGCAUCAAGUGUAUUUUCAAAAGAGGUGACAGCUACUGUACACGACAUGUGAAGUCCGGAAAAACUGUUUAUUUGCCGGUUCAACCGCAGCCAGGCGUCAUUACAAUGCAUCGAUACCAGACAGUUUUGAAGUCUGACGCUUCUUUCAAGAAACACGUCACGUACUUUACAUCGACCGAUGACACCUAUUUAAGUGACAUUGCUCUUUUUGAAUAUGAGGGAAUAUAUAGAGUUAACGAAUCAGAAAAGCUGAGAACAAACCCGAAAACAUUCCAAAACAUCGAAGACGAGAUAAAAGUAAAACCACCGAAAAAUAUAUAUGUUGAUCUAAAUAGGGAAGAUUCUCUCUUGGGUCCAAAAGACACUAAACAAAUUCGAAAUUUGAAAUAUCGAAAAGCUAAAAAAACAGAAGCACCAAGUGCUAAUGUUGCAGAUGAAAUUCUGUGUGUGCUGAAAAUGUUAAACGAACAUCCAUUUGUGCAACAUGUAUCUCAUCAUAAGAACAAAGUGCUACAAAUAUGCUACAUUGAAGAACAGCUCGCGGAUUUAAAAUUUUUCCUGAAGAACAGUGAUUCCUCUAUCAUUGGUGUAGAUAGGACGUUUAAUUUGGGACCUUUCUUUGUUACUUGUCUUGUGUACAAAAACAACAGAGUGUUGAGAAGAGAAACGAAUGACCAUCCCAUAUUUAUUGGACCUAUGCUUUUACACAAGGAUGCUACCGAAGUUUCAAUUGAGGACUUCGAGAUCCGAUUCGACCAAAGUAUCGAGUUUGGAACUGACAACGAGAGAGCGAUGACAAAAGCUAUUGAACAUUCAUUCCCAAAUGCCACGCGACGACUAUGUACAAAACACCUUAAAGAUAAUAUUAAGUUUUAUCUCCAAAAUAAAGGUGUGAAUUCAAAACUUCGGAAACAAAUAAUGGAGCAUAUUUUCGGUGAUUCAGGAUUGGUCAAUGCUGACGAUUCAAUAACGUUUGAGCGACUGUCGAUUGAAGUCAAGUCUUUAUGUGGCAAUUUUGAACAAUUCGUUCAUUACUUUGAGAAAGUUCUCAAAGAAAGGCUAGACACGUACGUGUUCCAACCACAAAGGGCUAGCAAUAUAAAGUCUCCAAAGUUGUGGACAAACAACAAUGCUGAGUCUAUAAAUAGAGUUUUUAAAUUUGCAAUUAAUUGGAAACCUAAAUCGACACCUGAACUUAUAAAGAAACUGUUUGAUUGUGUUGAUUACCAGUUUAUGAACUUAAGAGCCGCUCUUCAUAAUACAGGGGAUUAUAUGCUUACGACAAUUGAGAAAAGAUACUUAGUGUCUGAAAAUUAUUGGAGGGUACAAACAACAGAACAAAAAAGGUCGAUAUUUUUAACGUUUUUAAAUAAUAAGAAAAGAAAAAAUCCCCCUGAAAAUAUCAUUUCGUCAGAUGAAAAGUACCAGGUAUCAACUAAAGCUCGGGAUGUAGCCAAGAAACCUUGCCAGAAAAACGCCCUGUGA